CAAGUCUGUUUGAUGUUGAAAAAAACAUGUGAUGAUGCUUCAGCAACAACGACUCGACAGUUGGUUCUGGGUCAAGUCUGCCUGAUAGAAAGAAAUAUGUGGUGAUGGUCCAUCAAAGAUCAAAGAGUUGGUUCUCAGUCAGGUUCAUCAAAGAUCUGCAUGGUGAUGGCUCGUAAACAAAUGACCCCAGAGAUCAAGUCUGUGAUAAAGCAACAAAAAUGCAACCAGAUACAAAGCAUGACGUGCAUGGAAUGGAUCCAAUUUUAGUGAGUGGAGCACUGGCAUUUUCUAUGGUAAAACGUUUUACUAUUGACCAGCAAGGUGGACUUUGUAACCAGCAGAGACGUCAACUUCCAAGCUCGGUGUUCAUUCCUGAGGAUGCAGAUCGAUCCCUUCUUUUUUGACCAGGAAGCAUGACUUUGAUAACCAGCAAUAACUGAGAAGCAUGACUUUAGCAAUCGCCGGGGGAGACAGGGGCAGAGCAUAAAAAGAGUUUGUAGGGACAUCAACUCUUCAACUUCCAAGCUCAGUGUUCAUUCCCAAGGAUACCAGUUCCCCUAAGCUCCAGUGCCCACAAAUGGAGAUUUUCAUUUCUGCGUUGAUGGGUGAACUCAUAUCAAGAUCGGUGAGUUCCAUCAUCAACAAAUACUCCAAGCCACCGGCGGAGGCCGUUGAGGCUGGCUUGGAGAGGAUUCUACUCAGGGGGCAGGUCAUCAUCGACGAGGCCAUGGGGCGGCACAUCACAAACCAUGGAAUGCUCCAGCAGCUUAGCAUGCUGAGGUAUGCCAUGUACCAAGGCUACUAUGUGCUUGACACCUUCAGAUGCCAAGCACAUAAAGAAGAGGAGAAUAAUCUGGCUGUGAGUCAAUCUGGGGUUGUGUCCAACUUUCGUUAUGCACAACGCCUCUGCCUCUCCCGCAGCAACAACAAAAGAACAGCGCAAGGGCUUGAAGAGGCCCUCGACAGUUUGAGAUCCAUGAUUCUUGAUGCCAGCGAGAUGGUCAGGUUCCUGACAACAUAUCCUCGCCUGCAUCGUCAGCCUUACAGCAUGCAUCUCUUGCUGGGCAAGUGCAUGUUUGCCCGCCAGAGGGAAACAGAACUGGUUAUGGACUUCCUAUUGUGCACACAACCUUCUACUGGUAGUCUCGGCGGGUUUGAUGUCCUCCCAAUUGUCGGUCCGGACAGUGUUGGAAAGAGCACUCUUGUCGCUCAUGUCUGUGAAGACGAAAGAGUACGUGAUUGCUUCUCACAGAUUGUUUCUUUCAGGCAUGAUAGUUUCAGAGUUCAAGAUAUAGCGGCUUUGGGAGGCACAUGUGCACUGAGACAUGAGAAUAAUGGGAGAUUGCUGAUUGUCGUCGACAUAGUUGGGGAUCUCUAUGAAGAUUUGUGGGAAAUCUUGUGUUCUCUUUGCCGACAGAGCACUAUAAGUGGCAGCAAAAUCAUCAUCACAAGCCGAUCUGACAAGAUCACAAAGCUUGGAACAACGCAGACUCUAGUACUGAAGCAUCUGUCUCAUGAGGCAUACUGGUAUUUUUUCAAGGUGAUUACGUUUGGAAGUACGGACCCCGAGAUGCACCCGAGGCUUGUAUAUUUGGCAAUGGAGAUAGCAGAAUUGCUGAAUGGUAAUCUCAUUGAAGCAAAUGUUGCUGCUUGUGUACUGAGAGCCAAUUUUGACAUCAAAUUCUGGUGCAAGGUUCUGGCAUUCCGAAGAGCCUACUUACAAAAUCAGCUCUGCAAGUUUGGCGAGCAUCCGUGUGAACCUGUCAAGGAGAAUAGACCUAUGUAUCUUCAACGAUUGGGUAGAGCUACUGAAGAUGUUCUGGUUCAUGGUAUUAAUCAGACAUGCUGUUCUGAAGAGGAACUUCCCAACAUAACGAACGUGGAUGUUUGGUAUGGAAAUACUAGGCCCCAAGGUAUAUUUAAGGCUCUUGCAUGGAAGUCUCGGAUACCACCCUACCAUUGCUACAUCCAGACGUGUGAGAUUCGAGAGCUGCAAGCUAGAGCGGUUAAGAGGAAGCGCCCACUGAUGAAUGCUAGUAUUAGACAUGUUUAGUUUUGUCAAUGUAAGUUUUCUGCCAUGUUGUAUAACUGAAAAUAAUAAUGUAUAUGCUAUGGAAACAUACGUUUUCUUUAUUAUGCCCCUUGGCCAAGUUUGUCCAGAGUGUAGCAAAGUUGUGCCCCUUUAGUUUGAAUAAUACUACCCAUACCAGUGCUUCUUGCUUGUCUUGAUCAGUCAUCAAGGUCAACAUGCAUG